AUGCCGUCAAACAAGCUAGUACGCGGCUUCUCGCCGCUCCUCACCCACACAACCCGCGCCGUCAAGCCAUCAGCAGCAACAACCUGCCUCCGUCUCCAACAAACCGCAUCCGCCACCACAAAACGAACUUACACCAGCAGCACCACCCGCAACAACACUCCCACAUCCUCCUCCCCCCUCCGCCCCCGCCUCCCACCACCAAGAAACACCCAACCCUGGCAAUCCCUCCUCCCGCAAACCACCCGCCGCACCAUCUUCAUCCAAACCGAAACCACCCCCAACGCUGACGCCCUCAAGUUCCUCCCGAACCACCGCGUGCUCCCCGAGCAGCUCACAACCCCCUUCAUCGAGUACCUCAACCCGCGCUCGACCAUCGCCCCGCCCUACCCCUCCCCGCUCGCCGCCCAGCUCAUGAACAUCGACGGCGUGACGUCGGUGUUUUACGGCGCCGAUUUUAUUACGGUUACGAAGGCGGCCGAUGCGAAUUGGGCGCAUAUUCGCCCGGAGGUGUUUGCGUUGAUUACCGAGACGAUUACCUCCGGGCAGGCGAUUGUGAACGUGGCUGAGCGGGGGGCGGCAGGGGCCGCGGGGGAAUCUUCGGAGGAGACGGCGGAAUUGGAUAGUCUGGCGUAUGAUGAGAAUGAUAGUGAGGUGGUGGGGAUGAUUAAGGAGUUGUUGGAGACACGGGUGCGGCCGGCGAUUCAGGAGGAUGGGGGGGAUAUUGAGUUUCGGGGGUUUGAGGACGGGUAUGUGAUGUUGAAGUUGAGGGGGGCGUGUCGGACUUGUGAUUCGAGCACGGUUACGUUGAAGAAUGGGAUUGAGGGCAUGUUGAUGCAUUAUAUCGAAGAAGUCAAGGGUGUCCAUCAGGUGCUAGACGAGGAAGAGGAGAUCGCCUUGAAGGAGUUUGCCAAGUUUGAGGAGAAGCUCAAGGCGCAAAAGGGCGAGGUGCCGCCUUCGACGGUGGGUAAGGGGUCGCUUGAUACCGUCGCUUGA